GGCACAGUUGAGGGAUUUAGUUAAAUGCACCACUGGUUCGCUUAAAACUAGGCGCGCGCACCCUUUACACUGCGGUCGUAGCUGUAGAGUACAAUAUUGCAUGUUCGCACAGAAAUAGUUUGAAACAACCGACAACCAGUUGGCUAACAUCUUUCAUCAGACUGGAGCACUGUGUCACUGGAUGCACAACGGGCAUAUAUCAAUAAUUUCAGUGUCAAUGAAAGCAGGAGUAGUUGGCAUUAGAAAGAUACGUUGAACAUCGUGGAUUAGUAACAGCGAUGUCAAGCUGGAGGCAACUCUAUCCAUGAUAAAUGGAUGUUUUGAGAUCCAGGUAGUUAUUUUGACUAAUCAUCUGCAAGUGACGAAAUAUUUCAACUUUACGCAUCUAGAAAGAGGAUUUGCGCACGGAAAUCUAGAAGAAGGUUGUGAUGGCUAGUGGAGAGCAGGCUAUAACGUUAAACCUUCCGACUAGUUGAAUUUAACUACAGUGUUUUGGGAAAUAACUUGAGGGAAAAAAACAUUUGAUUCUAAAGAAUUUAAGGCGGACGGAGAAAUAUUUCCAAGAAUAGGAAACAAAAAUAGACCGUAUUUAACAUCCGGCUGUAAAUUAAAAAAAAAAAAAAAGGUUGGGUCAGUGACGCACAAGCGAGAUUUUCUGAAAAUGUAUGUUUAAAGUAUGUGAGAGAAAAAGAUUAGGAGGAAGAACUAAUUUCUACGGAUCUAAAAAAUUCUGAAGUUGUUUCGUAAGGCUUUCUGGCGCCCCCUGUCUGAGCCUCACAGGGGCAGCAUGAAGAGGCAACAGUCAUCCUUGGUGCUGCUGCUGCUUCUACUAUUGCUGGUGUUUUUUCAGGACUGUGUUUGUGGGGACGGCAGUCCCGCAGCGCUGUCCAAGGGUCAGCUGACCGUGCCGAACUCCACCUCCGUCAGGUCCUCCCGCAUUCACAUCCUGGCGGCACAGUUUGAGUGCUACCUGAAGAUCAUCAACGACCCGCCGAGAUCCGACGGAGGUGUGUACUGCAAUCGUACCUGGGAUGGCUGGCUCUGCUGGGGGGACUCCAGCCCUGGCGUGGCCGUGCAGAUCUGCCCCGAUUAUUUCCACGAUUUCGACCCCUCCGAAAAGGUGACCAAAGUGUGUGACUCUGACGGUCAGUGGUUCCGUCACCCGGAGAGCAGCCGCAUCUGGUCCAACUACACGCAGUGCACUGCCUACACCAUGGGAAAGCGCCAGCUGGCUCUCAGUUCGUACUACCUGGCCAUCGUGGGCCACGUACUGUCUCUGGUGUCCCUGCUCAUCUCUCUUGCCAUCUUCUCUUACUUCAAGAACCUGAGUUGCCAGAGAGUCUCCCUCCACAAGAACAUGUUCCUCUCCUUUAUCUUCAACUCCAUCCUCACUGUCAUUUGGCUCUCAGUCGUGGUCCACGGGCAGCAUCUGGUGGCCAUAAACUCGAUUGGGUGCAAGAUUUUGUCCUCCCUGAUAUCCUACGCCCUCGGCUCCAUCUACUUCUGGAUGCUGUGUGAAGGGAUCUACCUGCACACGCUCAUUGUGGUGGCCGUGUUCAUGGGGGAGCAGCAUUUGGGCUGGUACUACGUCCUGGGCUGGGGCUUCCCGCUGGUUCCCGCGGUAACGCAUGCUGUGGCUCGCUGGCUCUACUUCGAUGACAAAUGCUGGAUCAGUUCGGACACCAACCUGGUAUACAUCAUCCACUCCCCCAUUUACGCCGCCCUGCUGGCGAACCUGUUCUUCCUGCUCAACAUCAUGCGGGUCCUGAUCACCAAGCUGCGUGUGACGCACAGCGCUCAGUCCAACAUGUACAUGAAGGUGGUGCGGGGGACCCUGCUCCUGGUGCCCCUGCUGGGCAUCCAGUUCAUCCUGGUGCCCUCCAGGCCCCAGGGCCGGCUGCUCAAGGCCGUCUACGAGUUCGUCAUGAACAUCUUCACCCACUACCAGGGUCUGCAAGUUGCCAUCAUUUUCUGCUUCUGCAAUGGGGAGGUGCAGACAGCGCUGAAGCGACACUGGGCGCAGUACAGGUUCCGGUGCAAAGGCCCUCUGGCGACCAACGACUCCCACUCCAACGGCCAGACUUCCAUCACCGAGAUGAGCCGGGCUGUGGUGAGCCUGAAGCCUCAGAAACCACUCCCCCCUCUGGAGCCUGGCAACAAGCAGGCCAAUGGGCAGAGCAACGGCCAGUGCAGCUCCAACGGACAGCGGCAUGCGCUCGAAACCUUGGAGUCCACCGUCAUCUGAGCACCUGCAGGCAUGGCCACACACACACAGACACACACACACACUCACACAGAAACACACAUGCACACACACACUCGCAUGCACACACACAAACGUACACACACAGAUACACACACAAAGAUACACCCACGCACGCACAC